UUGUACAGCCAUAUCCAACUCGAUCCCUCCACCAAGUCUUGUACAACCAAUUGGUUCUCAACUCUGUGACAGAGAGUAGAGGGAUCGAGCAUGGCUUCCAACACAUUGAUGAGCUAUGGCAUAGCCACCAGUACGGCAUUCCCAUCAGUCCUCUCUUCCUCAAAGUCCAAAUUCGCCGCCGCUUUCCCACUUCCUAGUGUUGGUGCCAAUGCGUCGUCCCGCUUUACCAUGUCCGCCGAGUGGAUGCCGGGCCAGCCACGACCUCCACACCUCGAUGGCUCUGCACCCGGUGACUUCGGAUUCGAUCCACUGGGGCUUGGUGCAGUCCCAGAGAACCUUGAAAGAUUCAAGGAAUCUGAACUUAUUCACUGCAGAUGGGCUAUGCUUGCCGUUCCUGGAAUCCUAGUACCAGAGGCCUUGGGGUUGGGCAACUGGGUGAAAGCUCAAGAGUGGGCUGCUGUUCCAGGAGGUCAAGCCACCUACUUGGGAAACCCAGUGCCAUGGGGUACACUCCCUACCAUCUUGGUUAUUGAAUUCCUUGCCAUCGCCUUUGUGGAGCACCAACGCAGCAUGGAGAAAGACCCCGAGAAAAAGAAGUACCCUGGCGGUGCUUUUGAUCCCUUGGGCUACUCCAAGGACCCCGAAAAGCUCAAGGAAUACAAGGUCAAAGAGAUAAAAAAUGGUCGGCUUGCACUGUUGGCUUUUGUGGGUUUCUGUGUUCAACAAUCAGCUUACCCAGGCACGGGACCACUGGAGAACUUGGCUACUCACUUGGCUGACCCAUGGCACAACAACAUUGGGGAUAUAAUCAUCCCCAGAUCACUCUAUCCUUGAAUCGUGGAAGUAUGAUCAUACUUCCAAUCUAAGAAAUCGUGAUGUAAGAGGCUAUCUAACUGCCGAUUAUGAAUCUGGAUUUCGUAUCUAUCUUUGGUCUACACGUGUUAUAAAUUAGUAAUUUAGAAGCGAUUGUUUGCUGCCA